UUCAGCUUGUGUUCACAAAUGAACUUGUCAGUGAUAUGGGGAGAAGCUGCAGAAGUGGAUCAGACCUUGAAGACAUCAGGAGGGGAGAUGCUGGAGCAACUACAACAGUGUCAGAAUGAGCGCCAUGAUCUGAACGUGAUACUAAAAACUGUGGCUCAAGACUCCAGAUGCAGUUUGUGUCCUGACCACUGGCUGUGGUGGAGGGGUCACUGCUACUUCUUCUCAUUUGAACUAGAAGAAAAUCGUAAAUGGAAAGAGAGUGCUGAGUUCUGCCAGCAACACAACAGCAGCCUGGCUGUCAUCAAAGACUCUGCAGAGAUGGAUUUUCUUCAAGAAAUAAUGGAAGAGUCCAUCCAGUGUCCUUUCUUGUGGGUGGGACUGACAGACAGCAAACAGGAGGGACGGUGGCUGUGGUGGGACGGGAUGGACGUCCAGCACUACAUGCCGAUUACUGUGGAGUGGGAUGCUGAUCACAGGGACUGUGCAGACCUGAGGGGAGGCAGAAAUCUGUUUGCCGCAGACUGUGAAGAGUACGGACCCUGGGCAUGUAAAAGAAAGUCCUGAUGUGCUGCCAAACAUCCAUCCAUACUUCAUAUUUACAACAUGCUCUUUAAAGACUCACUGAUUUAGCAUGUUGACUCAAGCUGUAAUGCAUCAUCUAAAGAUUCUAAAAAUACUUCAAGUGCGUAAAAUGUAAUUCAUCAGACAAAAGGUUUCAAAGUUUCAACACUGUCAAGUUAUUCAUGUGAAAUUUUUAUUCUGUACAGGUCUGAAAGUGCAGUAUAAAGUGCAUGCAAGUA